CUUGACCAAAUAGCUAAAGGCAGAUAACCUCUUGAGUCAUUUUCAGCACAGUUUUUGAGAUGGAUUUUUAACCUCUCCCCAGUAGCAACACUAAGUUGUCAUGUAUUGAUGGCUUUCAUUUUGUCCAGCACUACUGGUUCAGUGACUGCUCAGGAGACUCCAGAAUGAACUUGGUAAUACCUUUUUGCUUCCUGCACUUUGCCAUCUACUUUUCUGUCAUGACACACAGCUCAGGAGCUGAUGCCUUUUGGAUUGCUAACCUUAACAUAUCAUUUUGGAUAAGAAAUCAAACUGUGUGGGAGAUUGAAGAAAAUGGAGUGUUUGCCAGGGGCUCUCCUUUGAAGAAGGUAUCUGGAGUGGUAGUGCCUGCAGAGGGGAUGCAUCAAAAUGCCUGUACUUCUGUAACAACUUUUAAUAAGCCAGUACACGUAGACAGUUGGAUAGCUCUCAUCAUGAGGGGCCAGUGUUCCUUUACAAAAAAGAUCAGUGUGGCUGCAGAAAAAGGAGCUGUGGGUGUGAUCAUCUACAACUAUCCAGGUACUGGUAACAGUGUGUUCCCUAUGAUUAACCUGGGAGUGGAAGACAUUGUGGCGGUCAUGAUUGGCAACCUGAAAGGCAUGGAUCUUUUGUAUUUGAUUCAACAUGGCAUCCAAGUGAUGGUAACCAUUGAUGUUGGAAAGCACUAUUACCCAUGGUUGACCCAUUACAUGGGUACUGUUUUUGUUUUUGCCUCAGUUGCUGUGGCAUAUUGCACCUUUUACUGUGCCAGGAGGCUGAGAACAGCAAGGAAUCCAACACAGCGAUGCCAACAGCUGCUUGCUAUUAAAAAGGCUAUUAAUCAUCUAGAACUCCGUACAUUGAAAGAGGAUGACAAAGAAGUGGGAUUGAACGGAGAGAGCUGUGCAGUGUGUUUAGAAAUGUACAAGGCUAAAGAUGUAGCCCGCAUCUUACAUUGCAAACACUUUUUCCAUAAAACCUGUGUUGAUCCAUGGCUUUUAAAGCACCAGACAUGUCCUGUGUGCAAGUGGGACAUGCUUGGGGCAGCGGAAGGUGUUACAACAGAAACAGAGCCAUUGGUGGGUACUGAAAUAUCAAAUGAAGCUCCUUCCAUUAUCAGUUCUUCUAAUGAGGAAGCCUGCGAAGCACAUGCACAUGAAGGGAUACAGAAAGGCCAAAAGACCCAAUCUGUAGGCAGAUAACUUUUCCCAUUCUGUCUGCCUUAUUCCCAAAGAUCAUCCUUAAGCAUGUGUGAAAUAAA